AGUGCUUUUGCUGUUCGUUAGGCCUGCGGAUCUUGUUGGCUGACCAAAAGUAAACGUGGACAGUUCUUUCAAUAUGUGCCUCAUGCAUCAUGCAGCCUAAAUGAAAACCUAAACACUUGUAUCACAACUAAAGUUACAUAAAUAACUGUAAAUGAAGCAGUUUUCUUUGUUAACAGCUCAACACAGAAUAGCCGCAUGCACCCUCAAAUAGUUUGGAGAAAAAAAUAUCCUUUCUAUUUCAUUCAGCUUUGUUCAAUUGUAUUCUUCAUACUAUAAAGUAAAAUAUAAAAUAAUGUCACGGAAUUCUAAGCAAAUCUUGUCUGCUAAAUGAACUAGUGUAACCCACAGCCGUAUGGCAUGGCCAGAUCAGGACCUAACAUAAAGACACAACUCAAAGUAUGCUAUUCUGUUUCUUCUUAUACUGCUGUUUUGACUUGACAUGAAACUAGACUAGAGUUUUAAUCCCAGUGCUGAGCUAGUGUGUAGCAGCUAAUUCUUAUAUGACACGUGUUUGUAGAAUGUUCAAGUCCCCUGUUGACUGGGGUGAAUGAAGAUGCAGCAAGGUGAUCAUGGGCUGGAGUCAUUUUGACUUGUUUUUUUGCUGUUCUUCAAAUAGCAUUUUAGAGUUAUAAACUGUGUAGAAAUGCAGUAAAUGAACUUCAAUUUGAUAAAAACAAAUCUAGGGCUCUUGUCUAAAGUAGUGCACUGGUAAAGGGAAUAAUGUGCCAUUUUGGACGCAAGCAGAAUUGGAGAAGAGGAGAGAUGGGGCCAUAGAGAGUGUCUUUGUUCUGUUCUGUGAAUGUGUGACCACAUGUUAUCAUGUGUUCUGUUUCCCCUCCCAGCGUUCAAAUUCAUUUCUGGGCCUUGGACAUUCAAUAAGGACUCAGUCUGACUCUCUCUCUCUCCCUUUCCCCUUUCUCUCCAUCGCUCUCUGUUUCUCUGUGUCUCUCUCUCCCUCUGACCUACUCUCUCUCUUCCUUACCAUCCCCCUCUCUCUUUCCCUCUCCCUCUCUCGCUCUCCCUCUCUCUCUGUCCAACUCCGUCUCUCUCUCUAUCUCUCUCUCUUUCCCUACCUUUCUCUCUUUCUCUCUCUCGCUCUCUCUCUCUGUCCAACUCCAUCUCUUUCUCUCUCUCUCUCUCUCUCCCUCCCUCCCUCCCUCUCUCUCUCUCUCUCUCUCUGUUAGUUCCCAGUGCCCCUGUACUGUGCAUCGCAGGGCAGGAUGUUUAUUUCAUGCUUUAUCAUACGUUAGCGAGGUAAUGACGUUUAAUUGCGUGUUCGUUUAAUGACCUCCGACGCUAACCCUCCUUCGCUAGCCUAUCACGCCAGCCUCUGCCCACCAACUGCCAUUUUGGAGUUUGGCAUUAAACGGUAGAGUUAGAGGACGAAGCAGGGUAUCAGGCCGUACCAUGGAGCUGCUUGGGGCCUUUUACAGGAGGAAGCUCCGGAGGAAACAGAAAGGCCUGGGGACAGAGACAGGGGGGCUGGGGCGGUCAGACAGGGCGCUGUGCAAGUCCCCUUCUGAGACCAGUGUCAACCACCUGGCCACUGGACUCAUCUCCAAGGUUCUACGCUUCACCAGACGCAGCGAGCCAGUCUCCAGACCUCACUCGUGGCACUCCACCAAACUAGGCGAGGGCCAGCCAGACCCCAGCAUGGUGCAGAUAUCCCAGGGCACCAUAGACCCUCCCUGGCAUCACACAUACAACUCCAGUGCGUCCACUACAGACCUGUCGGGUUACGACCCAGGUUACCUGAGGAAGAGUCCAGACCAGUACAGUUCUAGAGGAAGUAUGGAGAGUCUUGGGGAGCACCACAGCCACCCCGCCUACAGUUCUUCCUGCCACCAGCUGUCUGCCUCCAAGUCUUCCAACAGUAUGGACCACCUUCACAGCAAGAGAGACUCAGCCUACUCCUCCUUCUCUACCAGCUCCAGUAUCCCAGAGUACCUAGCGGCCGCUCCGACCUUUAGUAAGGAGAGGUCAUACUCCAUGGAGACAGUUCCACAGAGGGGUGGGGUUAGCGGAGAAGGGGGAGAGGCCGUGUCGGAGGGCAUGCAGCAUGCUGACAUCCGAUACGUCCGUACGGUCUACGACCCCCAGCAGGGAGGAGCCCAAGAGCACGAGGUCAGCUCGGCUGCGUUGCUACGCAACCACGAGGCCGGCAGGGUGGGUUCUCGUAGUGGGGGCAAGGCCUCCUGUCACCGCGGCAGCAGUAGCUGUAGUAACAGCAGUGGCGGAAGCAACGGCGGUAAUAACCAUGGUAAUAACCCCAAACGACACAGCGUUGGGCCGAUCUGGGGCCAGUCUCAGUCCGCCGGCUGCAGUUCCUAUGAAAGCCUGAAGGGGGCGCCGCCUCCUCCCAUGCGGAGUGACAGCUACGCGGCGAUCAGGCACCACGAAAGGCCCAAUUCCUGGUCCAGCCUGGAGCAGACUCGCUCCCUUAGGGCUCUCCACAAGGGGUCCACCUCCUCCUGGCACCACUCCUCUGGGUCCGUGGCCUCCGGCUCGGGGAAGGGCUCCUACGGGGCUGAGGGCCAGCUCCACACCGUCAUAGAGAAGAGUCCUGAGAGCAGCCCCACCAUCAAGCCCAAACAGGGCGUGGGUCAGGUCCCCCAGCCCCCUCAGCCCCAGAAUACAUCUGGCCGCCUCAUGUCGCCCCAGGGCAUCUACCCCGUGCCCCCUCCGGAGACCCACUAUGCACAGAUGCCCACCAGCAACCCCAGCAGUGUGUACCCAGGCCUGGCCAGGGAGAGCAGUCUGAGCAGACAGAGAGAGCUCCAGGCGUUCGGGGUGGGGAUCAGCGUGGAUACAGGGAUCGAGGUAUCUGUAGAGAACGGAUACCAAAGCAACACUUUCAACUCCUAUGUCACCUGUUCCAACCAGCCUCAGCAUCAUGACUUAACUCAGCCUCCAACCAUACAGCCAGCCCAGCCUGUUAACAGAGGGGGUGACAGAGGACAUGAGGAGACCCAAACCAAACUGGGUCUCUACACGUCUUAUUUAAAGGGGGAGGGACAGACCGUCUCCCGAAGGCAGAGCCAGCAGGGUCAUGGACAGGGUCAGGUGUACAGACCCUCCUCAGCCCAGUCCAUAGGUCAGGAGAGGAGAGACCCAUACACUCCAGUCCAGCCGCAGAGAGAGAGGGUACCCAGGUAUUCCCAGGGCUCAGAGAGUUACCCUGAGAAGCAUCAACAGGGACAGGUCAGACACACUGAACACAGCCAUCCAGACCCUCAGCCUCCUACUACCAUGCCCACUAAGAUAUCCAAGGGCCACGUUCCUCAGGGGAUCAGGAUUAACAGUACCCCAGCCCAGGGGCCUGAUCAUCGGGUCAACAACCAGAGGUCCAGGUCCCCCCUCCGGCACUACAGCGACCCCAGUCCACCCCACCACCAGAAGAACCAGAGGGGACCAGAGCACCCCUUGACCCGGCUAGAGAAUGCCCUAGCGGAGGUCCAGCGCUGUGCCAGUCCAGAGAGCUCCGCUAGGAGUCAGAGCAGCCACCAGAGGAGCCCGUCUGUCCUGGAGAAGGUAAACCGGUUCGAGCGCCAAGAGCAGAGGAAGCAGAGGAGUCAUAGCAUCAAUGCCAGCCACACCAACCUGGGACCCUCCUCCUCCUCCCGUCCAACUCAGCCCCAGCCUCAGCACAAGCACCAUGAGAGGGCCAUGAGCUAUGGUGCCAGUAUGGAUGACCUGCGUAAUAUGCUAGAGAGAAGCAACAGCCCCAGCAGCCCCUGCAGAACACUGAGCUCCUCCUCUAGCUCACAUCAUGGGAAAAGUACGGUGGCCCACAAGGGUCAUCAUUACGCAGAGCAGCAGAGGCCAGAGAGUUGUGACCAAGCCAAGCCCCAGAGCUCCAGGGACCCCCACCACCAGCCUAACCCCCUGGACCCUCACCCUGGCUCGGCCCUACAGAGGAGUAUGAGCACCUUCCAACUGGGUAGCCAGGAGGGCCAGGAGGAGAACGGCCAUGACAGGGACAGAGAGUUCCAUUGGAGGGAUGACCUGCAGGACCUACUGGGGACCAUCCAGGACACGUCCUUUAACCGGGCCUACAGGGACAGUAUCAAGGACGCCCAGUCCAAGGUGCUCCGAUCCACCUCCUUCAGACGCAGGGACCUGGGAAUCAGCUCCAGCUCUAACCAGAGCUCCAACAACCCACUUCCUGGUGUCAACAACAACGCCCCUCCCGUCCCCGCUAAGCACUUAUCCUUGGAGAGGAAGGCAAUGCCCCCCAAGACCGGUCCCAAACCCUCCAUUGUCACCACCACUGUACCAGCCUCUGCCCCAGCCACUUCCCUCUCCCCUCACACCCCAAAAGAGAGGCACACGAUCACCACCCCAGACCCAGUCCCAGCCCCAACCACCUCUCCCUCCCCUCACACCCCCAGAGAGAGGCACCUUGUCACCCCCAAGCCCGAGAGGUUCAGCCCCCCAGAGCUCCCCAGUGUCCCAGCCUUGGGCCCACCAGUCCCAGCCCGAAUCGGUGGGCGUAAGAGGCUCACCAUGGAGCAGAAGAAGAGAUCGUACUCCGAGCCAGAGAACAUGCACGAGGUGGGGUUAGAGUCUGACCCGAGGAGGAGUGCCCAUCACCAACAGAUCCUGUUCCCAGGCACAGAGACCAGCGUGGCAGACCGCAGGAGGAUGUUUGAGGUGGCAACCAGUCGCAGCCUGAGCUCCAGCUCUCAGGAUCCCCAGACCCUCCAGGGCUCCCAGGCUGGUCUAGCCGUCUCCCGGCCGGAGCUCUGGCAGCUGCAGCAGGAUGCCCUGGCUGACUACAUGGAGAGGAAGAGAGGCUGGAGGACAGACAGGGACAGGUCCGAGGGGAGACGGCAUCGUCACCGGCCCCACAGUGCCUACCUCCAGCCCUUCACAGACACCCAUAGUGUCUCUUCCACCUCCACCACCAGCCUAGCCUCUCUCCAGGAGCUGUUUGGCCCAGACAGCAGCCUCUCUGGUGAGGAGAGGCUCUGCUCCACCCUGCCUCCCGGUCUGCAGCUCCAGGGCAGUGUAUACCCAGGCAGGGUGACCGCACCACACAUCCAUACCCAGGCCCCCACCUCAGUCUCCACCUCCCACCAAUACCCCACUGGAUUUGGAUCCAACAGGCCUCUGGAGGGAGUGCCAGCACCAGCCAAGGCCUACGAGGCUUUCCGGAGUCAGCGAGGCGAUGGGUCCUUUGAAAGAGCGACUCCAGCCCGGAGCUCUGGGAAGUCGGCCUCAGCGGAGGAUCUUCUAGAGCACUCUGAGGAGAGGCCUGCACCACAGCACUUCAGAUCCCGCUCCUCGCCCUCUGUAGAGAGGCUCAACCAGGACUUCAUGACAGGAGGAGAUCUGAGGAUGUUUCCGGACUUUUCUAAUGAACCCCAGCUGUUCACACACAACGACAACAACAGGUCCAUGGACAAGCAGCGUUUAAAGCGUCCCGUCUCAGCCUCCCAGUCCCAGUAUGUGGCCACCCACUACCUGCUGAAUCAGGGUCCUUCCCAAAGCAACACCCCUGUGAUGAGGAGAGAGAGGCAGAGAAACCCCGACCGUCAGCGGGCCCUUAGUACAUCCGGCCUGGCUGCCUCUGUAGGUCUACCCUGCCCCUUCUCCUCCCCAGGCACCAGCCCCAGCACUAGCCUUGACUGGCAGGUCAGCGAGAGGUUAGGCCAGGGAAACCUGGAUGCCAUCGCCUUCCCCUGCCUGUCACAGGUUGAGGCUCCCAGAGCCGUGUCCCCAGAGACCAGGCAGAGCCCCACAGCACAUCAGAACCAGAACCAGAAUCUGCAGACCAGGACCAGACUGGCCUCAUCAGACACCAGCACUUCAGAGGAGACCCUGAAAGACUUCCCCAUAGAGAGUCCGGCUACCGUACCAAAGACCAUCCUACCUAAGACCCCUCCAACCCCACCUCCUCCUAAAACCUCUCCCAGACCACACCCCCUGCUCUCCCUCCGCAUCUCAGAGUCCAACCUGCAGGAGACCCCGCCCUUACACAUAGCCCCGCCCACACAGGUAGUCCCUCCAAUAGUCUCCUUACAGGACUAUGACGAGGUGUUCCUCCAGGAGCUGGCCCCUCCCUCCCCUCCUCCUCCCCCGCUCCCCAUCAGGGAGACGGACAUCACAGAGGACUUCCCUCCUCCUCCUCCCCUUCUCCUCCUCCCCUCCUGCUCACCCCCAGACAGAGAGGAGCAUCAUCCUGAGCUACAGCACUUCAACAGCUGUGAGUUCGUGGAGGCUGUGUGUCCAGAGAGAAGAUCAUCUAUCUCCUCCCCUUCCCCUCAGACAGUCCCCCCCUAUAUCCCCCAGCCUGAGACCCCGACCCACCAGACCCCCAUCGACCCCAGCAGCAGUAUCCCAGAUCCCCAGCAGGGGCCUAGCGGUAAGGAAAGCCUGGGCUUAGAGUACCAUCUCCUGGCCAGGAGGGAGAGGUCUGCUGGGGAGCUGAGGGUGGAAGCCCUGGUCAGACAGCUGGUGUCCCGGGGGGAUAAGACCCUGAGCCCGAUACUGGACACCUGGCCCGGGGGCGGACGGACCAGCACCAUGGACCUGAUGGAAGAGAUCUUCCCUGCUGGGGGAGGGAGGUUGCCGUGGCAACGCCGUAGGAGCAGCACCUGGCUGGAGGACAGAAGUCAAGAUGGGGUCUGUUCUACAGGACCUAGUCUGCUGCAGAAAACAGAGGAGGGAAGAGAAAUACAUCUGAAUGAGGAGGAGGCAGACCUCAAUCUAGAAAAGGUGGAGCUAGUCCAGGCUCUGACCCUUAGCGUUGCCUCACUCCGAGAGGAGAGAGAAGUUCUGGGUGAGGAGCAGAGGAGGUUCCGGGCCCUAGGGGGCCACAUGGAGAGCCUGGUCCAGGAGCGCUGUAAGCCCAAUGAGAAGGAGAAGUACAGGAUGUUCAUCGGGGACCUGGAUAAGAUAGUCAACUUGUUGAUGUCUCUGUGUGGCCGGCUGGCCCGGGUCCAUAACGCUCUCUAUGCCCUGGACAGAGAGGAGGAGACAGAGGACAGCGCAGAGGAGAGGGAGUCCUUACAGCAGAAGCGCCACCAGCUGUGUAGCCAGCACGAGGAUGCCAGGGAGCUGAAGGAGAAUCUGGAUCGUCGGGAGCGUGUGGUCCUGGACAUCCUGGGUGGGUACCUGACCGGGCCGCAGCUAAGAGACUACCAGCAUUACGUCUGUAUGAAACCUGCCCUCCUGAUCCGCCAGAGACACCUGGACGAGCUCAUCAAGCAGGGGGACGAGCAGCUCGACAGGCUGAUAGAGAGUAUUUCUCCUGGGGACCACCAGGCCCAACUCUGCUGCUCCUCCAACCCAGGGUUAGGCCUCAGGGAUCCCAGCCCUAACCUUGGUCCUACCCAUACUGUCCGCUCCACCACUGUAACAUCACUGUGACCCCUGUAAACGCCAACAAUAACAGUCCUGGUCACUACCAGGGAACACGAUACAGCAGCUGUGUCUCUGGCGGAACGGGUGAAGACUACAUACGACACUGUAUGACUGGUGAAUGAGACGACAUACGACCCUGUAUGACUGGUGAAUGAGACGACAUACGACCCUGUAUGACUGGUGAAUGAGACGACAUACGACCCUGUAUGACUGGUGAAUGAGACGACAUACGACCCUGUAUGACUGGUGAAUGAGACGACAUACGACCCUGUAUGACUGGUGAAUGAGACGACAUACAACCCUGUAUGACUGGUGAAUGAGACGACAUACAACCCUGUAUGACUGGUGAAUGAGGCGACAUACAACACUAUAUGACUGGUGAAUGAGACGACAUACGACCCUGUAUGACUGGUGAAUGAGACUACAUACGACCCUGUAUGACUGGUGAAUGAGACGACAUACGACCCUGUAUGACUGGUGAAUGAGGCGACAUACAACACUAUAUGACUGGUGAAUGAGACUACAUACAACCCUGUAUGACUGGUGAAUGAGACGACAUACGACCCUGUAUGACUGGUGAAUGAGACGACAUACGACCCUGUAUGACUGGUGAAUGAGACGACAUACAACACUGUAUGACUGGUGAAUGAGACGACAUACGACAGAUGAAGAAGAGACAGAGACAGCAUCUCCCCGCCCCAUAUAGAGAUGAACUGUAGAGAAAGGGACUUCAUGUGAAGGAUGUCACCUUUCUGUCCACUUGUUGCGUACAGACAGACAAACUAUGAGAAGUGACCACGAUGGAUAUGUUAUUGUGCCUCUUAUCAUAUUUCAGCCUUCUCUGUUCCUCCAGCUUCUUCACGUAUCUCUGUUCUUCACGGAUCUCUGUUGCGACUGCGCCACUCUUUGGUCGAUUCAAUACACGGUUGAAGUGCCUAGUAUAAUUCAUACGAACAGAUUGACAGUUUUGAGUGUAACGGUAGUGGAUGUACAACUGCCUGUCAAGACAUUUUAUUCACCGUAUAUAUAUAUAUAUAUAUAUGUAUGUAUCAGUUGAAAUAUUACUACUGCCUUUACACAUCACUACAGCUGAGAACUUUGUUUUGGCAGAUUAACUACUGAUUGGUAAGAAUCACAGAACUAGAAUGACUUGUAUUUCUCAUUCUGUUCCUAUUGGUCAGGAGGAACCAGACCUGAAAUAGGCCUGUUUUCUUUAGCAACACAAUAGCACGCUCUGACACACAUGAAUAUGUAGCCACAAUCUAAGGCAAUUUCUUUUAUUUUUAACUUCAAAUACUUAUAUUUCAGACUCAAAAAUGAUAGCUAAUGAAGAAAAAAAGCUACCAUGACAUUGACAGCAAAUGCAAUAAUUAUUUAUAUUAUUAAAAAUAAAUGGUAUGUAUUAUGUAAGUGCUGUGCUUUUUAAUAUGUAGAUGGUGGAAAAAAAAAACUUUUAAAUAUUUUUUCAACUGAAAAAAAUGAUGAUGGAAUGAGGCAAGUUUACAGUGGGUGUUCUAACCUCUGGUCACAUGGUCUUCCUCUGAUACACGGCGACGUGCUUCAUGAUGACGAGGCUUCUAGGAAGUAGAUAGAUGUUACUUAGGAAUGUUGUUGCCCAGUGAGUACAUGCAUACUGUGGGUGGAGCUAUCUCAUGGGCCGUGGUAUCACUUCGUAGGAUAUCGGGGUAAAAAAUCGAGAAGGAUGGUACUGUCAGUUCACGUGUGACAUGCCUACUAUUUAAACAUCGUCUGACGACUCCUGCUUGUUUCACUGCUUGUUUCACCCCCCCCCCCC